AUGUACUGUAUCUACUUAUUCACUUACGCGCUAUCCAUUGACCAAGGCCUAAAGACCACAUUUUAUCUCCUGAACAACCUGCCUAUCCUCAAAGAAAAUUAUUAUGUGCGUUACCACGAAAUCUCAGGAUCACGCGAAGCUUUCUUUUCCCAAAAUUUACUCCAUAUCAAUUACAAAGCAAUCCCAAUUCAGAAUCCAAGUUUUAGCCUGGGGAAAAUUUGCGAAGCCGAGUGGACAACUCUUGGCGAUGUUUACAAGUAUCUCGAUCAGCAGAUCGGGAGGAUAGAUGACUUGGGUAGGAAUAUUCCGUUGCCAGUCUCUUUAACUGCCUCAAGGAAAUGCUUAUCCCUCCUCCAAAAGUUAACUAGCAAAAAAAUUCCCAUCUCCAUGUCAAGAAUCAUGGAUGGCAGGGUAGAGCCUUGUACGCCCAGGAUAAUACUGAGCCUUGUCAGGCAGCAGCUGGUUCGGGUUAAGGGAAAAUAUGAUAGCUAUAGUCACAGCUACAAGGCACCGAUUACCGUCAACGGUAAUGUACAACUGCCCCUCGAAACAGUACUUGACUCACCUUACAAUAUCACGCCAAUAUACUUUGAAAAAAAGUUUCUGUACCUCGUCUUCAUCUUUGGUGAUAUCAAGAUAAUGAGCCUUGACGAUGAAGAGCCAGACACGUUCCAAAUCUCACCAUAUCUUGGAUAUGUUACCUGGUCGUCUCAUAUUGAUAUAUACGGCUUUUUCCUAGCUAUAGAGUUCGGAAGGUAUGAAGUGAUACUGAAAGUACCGUACCGGGUAGAUCUGAGCCACGCAAGCUUGGGCUGA